AUGGAAAUGGCUAGCCUUGCAAAGGAAAAUGAGGAUUUGAAGAAGCAGAUACAUGAAACAGACCGCCAUGUUACACAGAGGAUAGCUGCCCUAACGGAGAUGUUUGAGAAUCAUAUCACCAGCCUAGAGGAAACAGACGACAAUGCAGCAGUGAAGAUAGCUGCCUUGGCAAAGGAGCAUGAAGGUUUGAAAUUGCAGACAGAUAGUCUGAAGGAAGCAGACUGCGAUAUCACAAUGGAAAUGGCCAGCCUUGCAACGGAGAAUGAGGAUUUGAAGAAGCAGAUACAUGAAACAGACCGCCAUGUUACACAGAGUAUAGCUGCCCUAACGGAGAUGUUUGAGAAUCAUAUCACCAGCCUAGAGGAAACAGACGACAAUGCAGCAGUGAAGAUAGCUGCCUUGGCAAAGGAGCAUGAAGGUUUGAAAUUGCAGACAGAUAGUCUGAAGGAAGCAGACAGCGAUGUCACAAUGGAAAUGGCUAGCCUUGCAAAGGAGAAUGAGGACUUGAAAGCACAGAUGAUCAAUCUACAAGAAGCUCACCACAAUGCUACAUCGAAAAUAGCUUCCCUGGCAGGGGAGAACAAAGAUAUGAAAAUGCUGAUAUGGGCAGCAGACCAGAAUGCUACAAGCAAGCUGGUUGCCCUUGCAGUGGAGUUCAAGAAACAGAUUGCCAACCUACAAGAAGCAGACCAUGAUGCAACACUGAAGAUAACCGCACUUGUGCAGGAGGAUGAAGAUUUGAAACUGUGGGCAGACAGUCUGAAAGAAGCAGACCACAAUACAACACGGAAGCUAGCAUCCCUUGCAAGAGGCUAUGAAGAUUUGAAAGAAAAGACGACCGGUUUACAGGAAGGAGAACAGAGCACCAUAGCACUGAUAGCUGCUCUUGGAGAGAUGGAUGCUGAGCUAAAGGACGAGGUGGCUGCCAACAGCGAGAAAGUCAAUACUUUGUACAAGGAAGUGGAAUCAUUGACUAGCCGCAUGGAUGAUAGUGAAAGGACAGUCGCAACGUUCAACACCUGUCACACUCCAGGCAUCCAGGUUGGAGCACACAAGAACCGUGGCCUUUACCAGAAAACAGAUGUUACCAUCCUCUUCGAGCAUCAUUAUUUGGCUCCGCCAAAGGUGUUUUUGUCACUGCAAACUAUUGAUCAGCAUACGUACCAACGGCAGUCAGUUGCACUAAGUGCAUUGGAUAUCGGCACCCAUGGUUUCACACUGCGUUUUAGCCAAUUUGAUAAUGGACUCUACUAUUCGGCGACGGCGGCCUGGAUUGCCUUUCCGGUGCAUCCAGAUUCCUAG